GCCUGCACCCAUCUCCUUGUGCAGGUACCUCCUUCUCCUCCUCCCCCCUCCCCUCCGCCUUUUGUUUUACUAUCACAGGGAGAAGGAGAGAACAAUUUCCUGUUGACACCGGAAUAUUUAGAAAGUGCAGGGAAGGAGGACCGGGAGAAGCUGGCCGGGGAAGUUUCCUGUGACUAGCAGCCAGGCCAGCCGUGCUCGGAUGAGGAAAGUUUAUGUGGCCGGCCUGGCAGGCUGUAUGUGCCAUCAUCGAGGAGUCAGGUGCGGGAGAUCCAGGGGCUGAGCCUAGAGGACGGAGGAGAGCACAGCUCGGCCUGCACACCACAAGGAAUGUGAUUUUUCUCCUGCCUCUGCCCUCCUAUGCUGUCUGCUGAUGGCUGAAGCCUGGCUGGAGGAAGAGGAGGAGGAGCUGAGGGACAGUGCUGGCAACAGGAGACACAGGAGGUCCAACCUCAGCCAAGCUACAGAACGCCCAGAAAGAAAUAAACCGGAGCACCGAUUUCCUGGACAAGGACCUUUGUCAUCAAUACGAGCUGUAAUUAAGAGAACUUCCAGAACUACUGCACAGAGUGAACAGCAAAGAGAUAGAAGACGUCCUGAAAUCACCAUUGUUGCUGCUGAGCCGAUUGGUCCUGGAUCCUGGUUUCAUGGUGGCCCAGCAGGGGGACUAGGGUUUCCUCCUCCACCCCCACCUCAGUGGAGACCCAGUGAUUCCCAUCAUCCAGAGCCUCCAUCCUAUGAGCAGGUCAUAAAAGAAAUUAACCAAGUCCAAGUUACCACACCCAGUACUAAUGUUGAGCCCAGGCGGACAUCAACGUGUGCUACACAGACAGAUUUUCCUUUGGAGGAUGAUCGCCCUGGGCCUGGCAAUAAUGUAAUUCAUCAGCCUGUUCUCUGUGAUCAAGCCACAAUCACAGUGCAAAGAACAGAACGGCCAGAGAGACCCCGACAGCCAGUACCAUUUGUGAAAAACAAUGUUCAGGACAGUGGUCACCAGAUAGCAAUCAGUAACACUGCUGGGACCAGCACCCGGCACGAAGACACAAAUGUCCCAAAUAUCAUCAGAUAUCCAGUGCCAAGACCAAGGACAAAACCAAAUCUUAAACCUUUAGGAAACAAUAGUCUGAGUAUCUUUCAAGGAAACGGUGAGUUCUUCCAGGCCACUGCUGAGGGAGAACUGCCAUCCAGCCAGUCUUGUCCAGGAUUUAAUGAUAACUUCCUAGGGGAAUUAUUUGAAAUAAACAAUAUGAGCCAUGAAAGAAGCCAAAACAGUAUUACGGCACGAAUCAAAGCCUUUGAGUCUCAAGGUGAAAGUACCGAACAUCCUCGAAGACCAGAAAUUGCUCCACGCUCCAUCAACACUAAAAGCGGUGGUCCUGGUAAGCCUUCUGUAGCUCCCAAACCAAUUUCUAAUAGGACAUCUGGAGAAUGGGAACCAGGGAAAGACAACAAACCAAAAUGCACACCAAGAGAAGGGCUUAUUCCAACCAGUCUGUCAGAUUCUGGUGGUGUGACCAAACCAGAGCUGCCAAAGAAACCAAAGUCAAGUGUUGUAAAAAGCAGCAGCUGUGACAUCCCAGAUGUACUCCUUGGAACAUCUGUGUCUGUUAUUAACAGUAAAGAGUUGGACAGGAUAGUCCCAGUUCCUGCCCCAAGGCCUAUGCUACCGAAGAAAACCUUGCAGACUGAUAACUCUGUACCGGUAGGAGCCAAACCAUUGAUUUCUGCUCCAAAAUUCUCUAUAGCAACUCAAGCCAAAGCAUUUAAUGCAGUUGAAACUCCUGGAACCCGAGUACCUGCACAGGUCACACAAAGCAAGUCGGUGGGUGAAUUAGACCUGAUCAGCUUUGAUGACGAAGUUUUACCUCCUGUGUUACCAAGUCCAGAAGUUAAUGAUUCCAAUGCAAAUUCUGAUCCAUUCCAGCUGUUUUCCAAGCAUGAGACUGAGAAGGAGCAGCCAGGUCCUCCUGUUAUAUUAAGAAAGCCUACAGUCAUUCGGAUCUCCGGCAAACUAGGCAAAUCAUGUGAGGAACUUCAGGCUCCCCCACCGCUUCCUGCAGAAAAACCAGUUGGUCUUUACAAUAAAGGUGCUGCAAGAGCACGCCCUAUGGUUAGAAAAGAAUGGGAAACAUUUGAUAGUACAGAAGAGCCUUGGCCGAAGCCAGUUCUGCCUACUAGGCCAGCUGGUGUUAAAGUAAUGGAAACUGCACAGCAGCCUCCACUGAAAGGUCCCCCAGGUCGACCACCACCUCCCAAACUUUCCAGAAACGCCUCAAAUCGAGAUGCCGUUCCUCGUUCAUCCUCUGAUGCAGGCCUUGGUGCAAAACAGAACACAUCUGGUAUCAACAGAUCAAAGAGUCAAGUAUUUAAGAGACAGCAACCAGAUCUACCUCCUCGACCUAAACCUGGGCAUCCUCUGUAUAAUAAAUACACGCUGCCUCUUCCUCAUGGAAUUUCCGAGAAGGAUAUUGUAGCUAGUAACCCUCGAGAGCUGUCAUGCAAGCGAGGAGAGGUGUUGGUGUUGCUGGAACAAACAGAUAACAGUCUUAUCCAUUGCCAGAAAGGUGGUAUAACAGGGGAUGUUAAAGUGACCAACAUGAAGAUCAUUACUCCACUAGAUGACAGUGUGGAAAACAGACCGAAAGAUGUGCUGCCUAGACUGGAGGACAGCCAUACUCCGCAUGCACUAGUGCUACAUGACUAUGCAGGAGAACAUGAAGAUGACCUAAGUCUGAGCUCAGGGGAGAUUGUAUACCUGCUGGAGAAGGUAGACAAGGAGUGGUACAGAGGAAAGUGUAAAGGAAACACUGGUUUAUUUCCUGCCAAUCACAUCAGAGUUGUGGUUGAAGUUCCAGAAAAGUUAAAUCCCAGGAGACACUCCUCAGCAUCUAUUGUAAAGGGCCCACGGUGUGUGGCACGAUUUGAAUUCAUAGGUGAUCAGAAAGAUGAACUGAGCUUUAGUGAAGGCGAUACAAUUGUCCUCAAAGAAUACAUGAAUGAUGAAUGGGCUAAAGGGGAGCUACGAGGACACAUAGGGAUCUUUCCAAUCAACUUUGUUGAAAUUCUAGAAGACUUACCAUCCAAGACAUCCGAUGUUCGGGAUUCACUUAAGAUUAAAUUGCCUGGAUUAUCAUCACAGCAAACAGGUGAUUGGUGUGAAGCACUGUAUGAUUUUGCUGCAGAGGCAGAAGACGACCUGUCCUUUAAGAAAGGUGACAAGAUCCUGAUUACAGAACGGCUAGACCUGGAGUGGUACAAAGGAAGACUGAAUGGCAGAGAAGGAAUUCUGCCAGCUGCGUUUGUACAGAUCUGCUCAGGACCAACAGCACGGCAAACUCAGGGAGGGAAAAUUGGAAAGGCUCGGGCACUUUAUGACUUCUGUGGGGAGAAUGAUGAUGAACUUUCAUUUAAGGCAGGUGAUAUUAUCUCUUCGCUGGAAUCGGUGGAUAAUGACUGGAUGAGUGGUGAACUCCAUGGAAGGACAGGAAUAUUUCCAAAGAACUUUGCUCAGAGAUGUUAGCAGUAUGCAGCGGACAUUGCAUUGUACCCUCUCACAAAACAGACUAUCACCUUCGGUGCCAACUGAACUUUUUAUAUCUUCGGUAUAAUGUGUGAGAUUUUUGCACUAUGUUUUUGUUCCUUUUGUUCCCCUUUUUUAAUUUUAGAAAAGAAAAUGUUUUGUUCUGGUCUCUGUAUGCGCUGUUUACCUGCUUGUUCUAUAGGAAUACAUUCUGUUGAGCCCACCAUGUUCAGUACAUAUCACAUGCCAUGUAGCAUUGCACAGGGCUUAAUGGAGAAUGUUCCUAUUGAAGUUUACCAGGAAUCCCCAACAUGUUCUCUACCAUAUAGUAUCACUGCAGAUUAAGGGACACAAGUGUCCAGAAGAAAGCUUGGCUGGAGUUACAGUUGACUAGCCCAGGAGAGUUCUGCGUAUAAUGUGCUUUUGUGUUCGUAUUUUUUUGUGUGUGUUUGUAUUUUCUGAAAGCAGUGAUCAUCGUCAUGCUGUUCUCAAACUUUCUUACAGUGGUAAGGCUAGCUUAGUGUAUUACAUGGUGCUUAGUGCUGUUAGAUGAGCUGGGUUACUAGACAGCUUUAAGUAGCCACAAUCCAUUUAGUGCCUAUGUACAAUACUUUGAUAUGUCAGUGUUUGCCCCUCCAUGUCCAAAACAAUGCAUAUCUAUGAUUGCCUCCACCCGUUCCUCCUUUCCUUGUUGAAUAAUUUCCUAAAUGGACGUUCUAGACUUUCCUUGUGUUCUUUGACCAGUAAGGCUUUUUUCAUGCUUAAAGGGCCAGCUAGAACAAGAACCACCCCAUUAUGCUUCUGGUAGAGCAAAGAUUUACUCUCUCUAUUUUGGCUUUGAAUCCGUUACAAAGCAAAGAUUUACUCUCUCUAUGUUUUAGCUUUGAAUCCGUUACAAAGCCAAAUUCCUCUCUCGGAAGCCUCUGUACAAGCUGGCAUUCCUAAACUCACAGCUUGCUAUUUUCAGGGAAGCAACUUUCCUCACAGUCAAGCCAAAUGGGUACAGUUUCACUGGCCUAGAAGUAUUAUGUAAAAUAAGUCUAGGUUUUGCUGCUUCCAUCAGGGGCGUCUGAGAGUUUUCCUGCUUAAAACUUUUGUUAUUGGGGGCUCCAGUUAUUUACCCUGUCUGGUCCUUACUGCACUUCCAAGAUAUGGAGUGGUUACACAUAGAUCUUUAAAUUGGUUGCAUUUCUGGAUUCAGUUACCAUGAGCAGGUCUUUCUUGGUAAUUGAUUUGUAGACACACAGGAGAGAAAAUGGGGCAGUUUAAGCAGAAUUGGGAGCUAGCUAGGCUGCUAAGAUUACCACUCAGUGUUACAAGGUUGGGAAUAUUCCGGCAGCUUUCUCUGUUGUGACAUUAAGCCUGGGUUCACACUAGUGUGAAAUUCCAGCGCCCGUUCCUGCAUCACUCCUCUCCCGCAGGCAGUUCACACUGCCUUGUGCAAACCGCUGUGGGUGUCAUUAACAAAAUGACACCCCCAGUUUAGUUCACAGAUCGCAGUGCGAACUGUGAACUCACACAGGAACUGGAUCGCAUAGGUGAGAACGCCCAUGCGAUCCGAUUCUAUUGCAGGGACAUGUCCCUGCACUGUAUAGCUGAACUUGCUUUGCUCACCUGUGGUGUGGGUGCAAAUCGCAUGCGAUCUCUGAGAUUGCGCUAGUGUGGAGCCUGGCUUAAGCCCAACUUAACUUGAGUCUGAAAAUGGGUAGAAAUGUUUGAUAUUGUUCCAAAAUCCUAACUUACUAAGUAUUAUUUCUUUUAGUCCUUUUGUUGCCACCUAGCACCAGACACAGUCCAGGAAACGGUAAGCUGGGCAGGAGCCUGCCCCUUUUCAGCAACCGUUGCUGACUGGUGUGCUGUAGUGCCGACGAGGCAGGGAUGGAGGAGGGAAACCUGAUUCUUGGAUUUACAACCUCUGAUAGGGAUAAACCAGACUGAAAGAACUGCAGCAGUAAGACUUCGCAA